UAGCAGGCCAGAUCGAGAGCGCUUUAUGACCCAUCACUGACCCUAAAAAAAACAUGGCGACUUACUGGUACCCAACCGUUUACGUGUUUUGAUUCAGCAGGAGACCAGCAUCAUGACCAGUGCUUCUUCUGUUACGCCCGAGAGCUUGCGCAAGAAGUUGGGUCAACUGUCAGGUGCGCAAGACAGUAUACAGGCCCUGUCCCAUUGGAUCGUUCACCACAAGAAUCACUAUCGUCAGAUCUUGGAUUGUUGGUUUGAUAUCUUCAAGGAAGUGAAAUCAGCUCGCGUGAAGCUGACCUAUAUGUACUUGGCGAAUGAUGUGAUUCAGAACAGUAAGCGCAAAGGGACGACAGUCUUUGUGGAUGCCUUCAAGAAUGUCUUAGAGGAUGCAGCUGCUCUGUGCCAGGAUGACUCCAUCAAAAAGAAUGUCUUACGACUUUUCAAGAUUUGGGGAGAGAGGAGUAUUUAUGAGAAAGACUUCUGUGAUAAACUCAUUGCGGCUACAGGAAAACAACAACCUGUAGCCAAGAAGCCACCAAAGCCAAAAGUUGAUGCCAAAUUUCUAGCUGAAUUCCAGCCUGAAGAAGUACCUGAUGUGAUAGAUGAGCUGACUGAGUAUGAAGAUGAGGUGGAGCUCAAGUUCAAGCAGCUCUCACAUCUCAACCUUGACGUCACCAAUGUGGACAUUAUCUCACAGCUUAAAGAUCGAGCUGGAGGCAAGAUGUUCUCCCAGCAGUUUGAGGAUGCAGCUGAUCGUCUGGAGGAGUUUGUGGUUGCCAUGGAGAAGGAAGUCAAGCUCCGGAAGCAGCUGGUGGAUCUGCUAGAGAAGAGUGAGAUCUACUUCGAUGCUCAGAUGGGAGAAGCAAGGAUUGUUGCAAAUGCAUACAAGAAUUUUGGUACCCGAGUAACGAGCUUGAAGAAGAGGUUGGAUGACUACAAGAAGGUUCUACCUGAGAUUGACAUGAGCCCUCUACCGUCCCCUUCAUCAGAUGCUCCUUCACCGGGUGCUACCCCUCCCCAGGAGCAAGAUGGAGUCAAUAGAGAUUUAGAAGAUAUGGAACUCUCGGAUACAGAUGAGGGAGGAAAGAUUAUAGCUGCUGUGCCUGCCAAGUCAUCAAGACCCUCCAAGAGUGGGAAGAGGCGUCAUAAAAAUGCAGAUUCAAAGUCCAAGAAGAGGUCCUUGUCCAAAACUGAUAGGUCCGGACAGAAGAUCUCUGUCAUUGCAAGCACUCCUAACUUUCCAAAUGCUACAACACCUCAGGGGGAGAAGAUACAGUCAAUCUCACCAAAUGUACCAGCCCAUUCUUCCUACGCAAGCCCCUUUGACUUCCCUUCUCAAAGGCAAAGUAGUGGGUUGGUAACGACUGCAGGGGCCACACCCGUCUACACCCCGAGCAUGACCACCGGUUUUACACCGCAGGCGAGUGUAGCGUAUUCUCCCGCAAGUCCGGCAGUUUACGAUCCUGCUGCUGCAGCUACGACAUACAGUCCUGCGGCCUCGGCGGUUUAUAAUCCAACUGCAGUAACAACCACGUACAGUUCUACAGCUGCACCUUACACUCCUGCUGUAACAACCCCUUAUGACCCAGCAUCAUCAGUUGCCUAUACUCCUUCUGUUGCAUCAGAGCCAAGUGCAUAUGUCCCGGUCGCUUCCCCUGCUGUGUCAGCAUACUCUCCUACAGGAGCAACGGCAGCACCAGUUUAUACUCCAACAGUUGCAGGCUAUACCCCAACUGUUUCUUCAGGGACACAGGCUUAUAUACCACCUCCCCCUGCUACAGUAUCACCGGUGUAUUCAGCAACAGCUCCUGCAGCAAGUCCUGCGUAUACGCCAACAGCUGCAGUUCCUGCGCAAGUAUAUACACCUGUUGCCUCACCAGUAUCACCAGCAUAUACCCCAAUAGCGUCGACAGCAACUACUGCUUAUGCAGUGACAACACCAUCAGUAACACCGUCCUAUCCACCUGUUUCUACCAUAUCCUCUGUCUAUACACCAGAGCCUUCACCUGCUUAUACUCCUACAGUCUCUCAGACAUAUAACCAAACAGUAUCAACAGCACCUUAUGACCCAGCACACUCUGUGCCAUACAACCCCAAUGAUACCACAGGUUACAACUCAUCAACAGUAUCAGCAUACAAUACUGUCAAUGCGCCGUACAACCCGCCGGCGCCAUCUGUAUACAGUCCACCAGUUGCACCACCAGCACCUGCAGCAGUUCCUUCAUAUAAUCCUCCAGGUGCAUCAACCUACGAGCCGACACUUGCAGCUACGUACACUCCUUCAUACAACCGUCCUCCUCCUCCUGUUAGCAGCACGCAAUCAUCUUAUGAACAGUCAUAUUCAAAUACAUACACAGGUAAUUCUGAUGAGGGUGAUACCUAUAAUCCUCCACAAUCACAGUAUGGUUUCAACAACGUGCAGAAGCCUCUGCCUUCCAGAGAUUUUGAAUAUCCAAACCCACAAGCAAGAGACUCUGAAGUCACACGCUGUGCAACGCCCCUCAGAGAUGAACAUUUACAAAUGGAAGAACCCUCAUCCUCAGAGCUACCUGCAGAUAACCCUUAUUACUCUACCCAAAUGCCUCCAGGAGGGGCUCAGUAUAGAAACCCUGUUCCACAACAGAAUGUAGCACCCGUCAUGCCAGCCAAUCCAAUGCAGUUCUUGACAAAGUUGAUCAGUAGUCGGAUUGUACCAGCGGACUCUGGUAAAUCCACAGACCUCUUGAGUACCCUGAGCAGUCUCUCAGGAAAACAGAGGAAUAUUGUGGAGCUUCAUCAAAGAGAGUCUCCACCACCACCACCUCCUCCCCCUGUCCGUAAACUUCCGCCCAAGCUGUUAGACGAUGAAAGGACAGGUGGAAAACGUGUUACUUCUACAAAUGCUUUCAGCAGAAGUAGGGAGAAUCAGGACAGACAUGAAGAGGUGGAAGAAGAAGAAGAAGAAGAGGAUGAUAAUGAAUACUUGACUCCUGAAGAAAAAUCUAAACUUAAAAAAGCCAAUCAAUCUUUUGGUAUUGGUCAACUAAUGUUUCAACUAGCUGAGAAAGAGCCAGAGGAGGAAUCGGACGUAGAGGAAGUAGAGGUAGAUUUUGAUUUCCCUUUGGAAAAGGACAAAGAUGAAAGAUUUUCUGACACUCUUCCAGAGGAUGAACCUGAUCGUAAUGCACAACAACUCGCAAAAAAGGCAGGAAGCGCCCCUCUAGCUCCAUGGAUGCCUCAUGUGACACCCAAAAAGCCUAUUCUUCUUACCAAACCAGAGCUACCUUUGUCUGUAUCACCUCCACCACCACCACCACCACCUCCCCCACCACCACCUUCAUCUUCAGCUGUGCCAUCAAGUCCUACAGCCAAAUCAGGGGUGGUUCCACCAGUUCCUCUUGCUGCAAUGCUGCUGCCUCCACCGCCCCCUGUGGCUGAGGAUCUGCCACCGCCGCCACCUCCUCCACCUCGAGUAUCGGCACCAGCUCCAGCUCCAACUGCACCCAAACCUGCAGCUAAUGUACCUGCGGCCGUGCCACCUCGAGGGAUUGUUGCAAAGACAGAUCAAGUACCCAAUGUACAAGCUCAAUCAAUAAUAACCAUUAAUCAUGCUAACGUCCAAAGACAAACAUCCGUAGGACAACCUAUUACAAUCGUUCGACAGCUUUCAGACCCUUCUCCAAGCCCUCCUGCCCAGCCCAUAAGAUCAAUCAUGCAUGAUCGUGCGCCAAAUUUUCAGAGGAUUGCUGUGGUAGGUCAGAAUACACGGAACCAAGACUAUGAGGAACCGAGGCCUGUCCCUGUACUUGGACAAUCUCCAAGGAUACGAGGUCCAUUUCCAGGACCUCCUCCUGGACCCCCUCCACCGACCGCCAGACAGUUGUCAGGAUCAGGCAUAAGAGCGCCUGGACCCCCACCUGGCCCACCACCAGUUAGUGCCAAGAGAAUGUCAAGUCAAGAGUCCACUGCUACUGCAUUUGAUGAACAGCAAGAUACCCCUACGAGCCCUGAACCUUACAAAAGUUUUGAUUCAAUGCCAAUAAGUAGUAUACCUAGUUUAGUAUCGCCCACAUCUCUUACCCCUUUGAAGCGGGUCGAUUCCAUACCAGAAACCUCAUCACCAUACCAAGAGGUUGCUGAAGUGAGACCUCUAAGAUCUAUUCUCAAACGACGCAAAUCUACUCCUAAUCCUGAGACACCACCUGAAGACGACUACUACCCUGAAGAUUCACAGAUAUCCGUCUUAGGUGCACAGCCUCGUUCACUUUCACAAGACUUUUCCACAGAUUCUCCAAUUCGGGUUCUAGGUUCCCAGCCAACCAUUUCCCAAAGGUUUCCUCAAAUGGAUGACUUUGGAUCAGACUCAAACAUAUCUGUAGUAGGUGCUGCAGGAGCUGCAGGGCAAGCAGGAAACAUCAGCCCAAGGUUCUCCCAAAGACCUCCCUUCCGUAGAGGAGGACCCAGAUCACCAGAACAUAGAUCACCAGGACACAGCAGAUACAACAGAAGCCCAAGUCGCGAUCAGGAGUACAAUGAAAGGCCUAUUAUUCAGAUGGACUAUGGGCAUGGUAAGCAGCAGCAAAUAGACUACGGCCAUGGAAAGCCAGGCGGUGACCAGGGGAUGACCAUUCAGACAUUGGGUGGUGAUCGUCCUGCCUUUCAGGAUAAGUACCGUCAUGAUCCUCUAGAAUCAAGACAUCGAUAUGAGCCUGAACCUAUGAGACACUUUGAACAUCAGUAUCGCCCCGAGAUAAGACCAAGAGGGUAUGGCCCCAGACCUCAUGGCCAGUUUAGACCAAGCUUUAGGGGAGGGUCCCCACAAUAUCGUCCACAGUCGUUCUAUUAUUGAUGUUACAUAUCUGUAAGUGUAUCUUUAACAAUGAUGUACAACUAUACAUUUAUUGUAUUGUAUUUUUUUGCCUAUGUGCAUAAAGGAUCAGUUUUUCAUUUUUACACUCUUUAUGACUACACUUGAAUAUACCUGUGCAUAUGACUUGGACAGAAACCCAGGAAUAGAGGUCAUAAUUACUUUAAGUUUGGUUUCGUUAAGUGCAAUUUGAACUGUAAUAGCGCUAUAUUGGAUAUUGAUAUGUUUUUGCUUUUAUGCAGAAAGGCUAAUGCUCAAAAUGCAUUGAAUUCAUACGACAAGCCAUACUUUCAUUAUAAUUUUCAUCAUGAAAAGAUUAUUGUUCAUAUGUUCAUCUGACAUUUGUGCGAUUUUGGACUCUAUAUUUAUACUCCAUUUUCCUUCCCUUCUCCUUUUUGCACUUACAUGUAUGCCUCCCUUUUAUAUCUUAUACAUACCAUAGUUCAAAAUUAAUUGACAACUCUUGAGUACCGGUAUGACAGAAAUGAACACCUAGCGAUGUUUGAUACUGUAAGAAAGGGAGUGAAUUUUGCCCACGAAAUUGGUUUAAUAUUUUGAUCAUUGCAUUUGCAUUAACCAGAAUAAUGACAAAGAGAUCAUAGAGUUUGUAUUGUAAUUAUGGAAUGUAUUUUUAAUGAAUGAUUGCAAAGGAUUUAAAGAAUUUAUAGAUUUUUUAUGAAUAUCAUUCUGAAAUUUGAUGGUUUUAUUCAAAUGAGACGAGUUUGAUAGAGUUACAAUUUUUACUUUUGUUAGGUUUCAAGAGCCCAAAGGAUGAUGAAGACUUCAGCUGAUUCUUUAAAUUGUGUAAAUAAUUAUUUUUGUAACAUAGGGGGCUCUUACUCAUACACUCUGUCUUAUUUGUAUGUCAUUUUCAAUCAGUCUUAGGGUUAGAUGUAAGCUAUGUUCUUGGAUUUGAUCUCUUGUCAUUUUCUGCAUUUGCUUGAGAUAAGAAUUUUGUAAGAUGACAAGAUUUGGAGUUGAGUUAAGAAUAUUGGCAAGAUAUUGGUAGGUAUGUCAAGUGAAAAGGGAAAUCAAGGUGAUUCUGUCAGCUUUUAGUAAGAUGGAUGGAUAACUUUCCUAGUGUAUAAGAAUAUAGCAUUGGCGUUGAAAUCUUAACUCCUUUCCUACAGGAAUUUGGGGGUCCCUGUAUUAACUCUGUGGGUACGUGUGUAAGAGAGUUUUGGUAGCCAUUUGGUUAAAGGCCAUGUUACAAUAAUACCUUGGUGUCACAAAGUAAGAAAUGCAGUGCGAUCUUGUACAUCUUUUUAAAUACAAGUAUCUGAUUUAAUCUGAAAAAUAAAGGAAUAGGAAAUCUAUGUUGAGGCAGCCAGGUGUUACAUACUACAAUAUUUUCAAGUUUGUAUUUGCUUUGUUUCUGAUCAAUUAAUACAAUGUUGUAUGAAGGGGGGGGGGGGGCGGGACCUAAACUAAAUUAUGACAAACAAAUGUCACUAACACUUUUUCAAGUCGAUCUCAAUGCCCAUGUCAAAUAUUGGUGGACAAAAUGAAAGGAUCCUUAAGGUUGCGAUUGUGUUGCACAUUUGUAUGUGAUUUAUGUAAAGAUUACCUAGAUGGUGAAUAUUGUAUGCUCUUGUGAUUCUGAUAGCUCACAUUUUGUUUUCAAUUGAUUUAAUAAUCCAUUGAAUUGCUUGAAGGAAGUACAUGUAUUAAUAUCCUUGAAUGCAUGUGUAAAAAAAGAAGAUGAAUAUUUAACAUUGAUCCCCCCCCCCCCUCAAUCACAAAGCACCUAAAAAAAAAUGAGAGAAUAUAUCAUUAUAAGAAGCCCAUGAUGAAAAUUGAUUUAGAAUUACUGCUAAUUUAUCAUUAUGAUGACACUGUAUUAUGCAUAGCAGUAUUUUGGGGUGCACUUUGGUGAGCUGCACACUCAAUCGAUUUUUGAAAGUUAUAUGUAAAUUUUGUAUCAAAAGAUGUGAGAGACUGGAGGCUAUGAAUUCCCAAAUUCUUACACCAUUAAAAAAAUUUAUCCAAGUUUAUUGCAGCAAAUGUACAUAAAAUGCAGAGAUUUAUAGCUCACUUUGAAUCACCGGGUCAGGUAGAUGAGUUACCCGACCUUUUGUGGAAACAUACCCCUUUAUGCACGAAAUGUUGAGGGUAAUGUUUGUGAAAUAGACCCCUCUCAUCUACAAGUGAUCUGGUCCAAUUUACCUGUCGUCCUGUUAAACACCUAUGGCAAGUCUAUGAUAGGACGCGUCAUCUUUACAUGACCUGCUUUCGUUUCACGAAAGGUCGUGUAAAGGCAACCACCCAACAGGACGCGAUGACCCGAUGAUUCGUAGUAAGCCUAUAUUCACUUCCCCCCACUCUCCUUUUAAAUCUUUAAGGUUUAAAAGAACAAUUUACUUUGGGAAACUGAAGCAUUAGAUGGCAAACCUUCAUAGUUGAGUUUUUAAGAAUGUGUCUGUGCUGUCCAUGUAUCAUGUAUAUAUUGCUCGCUUUAAAAGAAGAAAAAAAUAUUUUGUUGUUGCAUACAAAUCUUGUUUCCAUCAAUAACACUUGUUGACUUGUCAGCCCUUGUAAAGGA